AUGCCGAGUUUCCGCCCUAGCAAUAUCUUGGGUGAUCCCUUCGCCCUGGCCACCCUCUCGAUCUCUCUCCUGGCAUGGUUGAUUUCAUUUGUCGCCUCCAUCAUCGCUGCAACCCAACCACGAAAUGAUUAUCCAAACUACGACUGGUGGGCGGAUUGUUACACAUUCUGUCUGAUUAUCGGUCUUAUCGUGACUUUUGGCACGGAUACUUGCAAUGUUUAUGGCGUCGCGAUUGUUGGAUACCUUGCUGUUGGUCUGGUCCUGUGCUCGACCAGCGCAAACAACUUGAUUUACAGCAGCCUGGGUUCCGAGCAAGCCGCUGGUGCAGGCUUUAUCCUGCUUUCUAUGGUUAUUGUUAUCUGGAUCUUCUACUUUGGUUCUUCCCCUCAGGCUACUCACCGUGGAUUCAUCGACUCGUUUGCCCUUAACAAGGAACAACCCGACCCUGCCUCCUACCGCGGUAGUCGUCCUAUGUCCAGUGCAUUUGGCGCUCGCCCAGAAACCAUGGCUACCAGCAACACCCCGCAGAUGUAUACUUCUGCCCAGCUGAGCGGUUUCGAGACCUCUUCCCCCGUUUCCGGAUUCCCCGGUGGACCCCCCGGCGCCGAACGCAACUCCACUCUGGCUCCUCGCUUUGGAGCUACCAGCACCAGUCCUGUCCCUGGCCCCAGCAACGGGAACGGGGAACCCGGUAGUGAGGUGCCCCAGCCGACCGAGUACCCUUACCGCGCAAAGGCGAUCUACUCCUAUGACGCCAACCCCGAAGAUGCCAACGAAAUCAGUUUCGCCAAGCACGAGAUCCUUGAAGUGUCCGAUGUUAGCGGCCGAUGGUGGCAGGCUCGGAAACAAAAUGGAGAUACGGGCAUUGCGCCCUCAAACUACCUCAUCCUCUUGUGA